AAAGCAACGUGUUGUGAGAAUCCUAUAAAAAACUCAGAAAUAUUUCAACGUCAAAAACCUCCAAACAAUUGGUUUGGUAUCUAUAAGAGUAGUUGAAAGGGAUCCAUCAUCCCCAUUCUUCUCCUCUUCCAUGGCACCUCACAAGCUCAAUUCCAAUUCCUCGGGAAAUUCGAGUGUGUCGGCGUGUUCGCAGGCGGACAAUGGUUUCAUAAGUUCAUUUUCUCUAUUUCCUGAGAAAGCAGUGCAAGAGUUACUUCAAUCGCCGGUCCAAGGGUCUGAUGAUCAUCUUAUAGAGUUCUCUGAAUCUUUAAGAACCGUCGCGAAGGCUCUUAGGAAAGUUGCGGAAGGGAAAGCUUCUGCUCAAGCGGAGGCUGCUGAAUGGAAACGGAAAUAUGAGUUGGAGAGGACUCGGAAUCUGCAGUUUGAAGACAGAGGGAAAUCAUGCCUCGAGCCUUGUGCUGAUCUUGAUGAUUUGAAAACAAAUAACAUCGCCAAACAACCCACAUUAUAUAAUAAUGUAGCUAAUGGGCUGUCUGAAGAAUGUUGUUCUAGUAAUGGUAUUUGUUCCCAUGAGGUGCUUAGGGAUGGGAAACCUGAUUCAGAUUCCAAGAUGGUCAGAAAGUACUGCCGUGUUUUGAGGAAUUUGUCCUACCAAAAAUUAACUCAUACCCUCAUGGCUUCUUUUAAACUUCAAUGGUGCUGCAAAGGUGAGAAAAGUGAUCAGCACAAACAUGACAUUGUCUCUUUUGAAAGAGGAAAUAUAACUACAGCUGAACGCAGUAGUAAGCAGAUCUCUUUGACAUGGGAGUCAUCUCCACAGACAGUGCUCAUAUUGACCAAACCAAAUUCAAUUUCUGUUCAAAUUCUGUGUGCUGAGAUGGUUAGAUGGUUGAGGCAGCAUAAGAAACUACAAAUAUAUGUUGAACCACGUGUCAAGGUGGAUCUCUUGGCGGAGUCAUCAUACUUUAAUUUUAUAGAAACAUGGAGUGAUGAUAAGGAAAUUUUAAAGUUGCAUACCAAAGUUGACCUUGUGAUAACUCUUGGUGGAGAUGGCACUGUUCUAUGGACAGCAUCUAUGUUCAAAGGACCCGUGCCUCCUAUUGUCCCCUUUUCUUUAGGGUCUCUUGGAUUUAUGACUCCUUUCUAUAGUGAGAAUUACAAAGAGUGCCUUGAAUCAAUUUUAAAGGGCCCCAUUAGUAUUACACUACGACACCGUUUGCUAUGUCAUGUUAUACGAGAUGCAGCUAAAGAUGAACUUGAAACUGAAGAACCUAUACUUGUUCUGAACGAGGUUACUAUUGAUCGUGGUAUAUCAUCUUACCUCACAAAUUUGGAAUGUUACUGUGACAACUCCUUUGUCACAUGUGUGCAAGGGGAUGGAUUAAUCUUAUCUACGACAUCCGGUAGUACUGCAUAUUCUUUGGCAGCUGGAGGAUCAAUGGUCCACCCUCAGGUUCCAGGUAUUUUGUUUACACCAAUUUGCCCACAUUCUCUCUCUUUUAGGCCAUUGAUAUUACCAGAGCAUGUGACUUUAAGGGUGCAAGUUCCAUUCAAUAGCAGAAGCCCAGCAUGGGCAUCAUUUGACGGCAAAGACAGGAAGCAGUUAGCACCAGGAGAUGCAUUAGUGUGCAGCAUGGCACCCUGGCCCGUUCCUACAGCUUGUCUGGUCGAUUCUACUAACGACUUCUUACGCAGUAUUCACGAGGGUCUUCAUUGGAAUUUGAGAAAGACACAGUCGUUUGACGGACCCCGCGAAUCCUGACAAUAUCAUUCUUUCUUCUACAUCGGCAAAACUAUACUUGGAAAUUGACAUGUCAUUCGUCAAGAUAUACAAAACGGGGUGUUGUAAAAACUAUAGAAGCAACUAUAAUUUAGUGUAAUUUUCUUCCUUGUAGUUGUAUGAAUCGCUCUACUUGUUGUAGUAAUAUUAACUUAUUACAGAGCUAAUGUUCCAUCAAUGAUGGUAAAAAUGUAGAGUUUGAGUGUAACUUUAAACUAUUGAAUCCUUAUAUUCUUAUAUUUAUAAUAAAGUUGAUGAGUAUUUUCUCCA